UGGGCAGCUCAGGGCUGUGCUGAUCUCCUAGCAACUCGGGAAGCCGUGGGGGAACUUGCAACCCAAGUCCCGGCAGUGGUCAUGCAGCGGGCAGUGCCAUGGCGGAGCGUGGGCAGCGACUCCAGCCUAAAACUCUGGCUCCGAAACUGAUGAGGGAGCGCCGGAACUGCGGGUGGUACCUCGAGAACCUGCCUUCCAAACGUCUCCCGAAGAGUAGCAGGCUGACAUUGAAUAGCCGGCAUUGGGUGUUUGUGAAAGAGGGGCUGGAUGACUUCAGGAAAGACUGCCCCCCACACCAGGGCCCCAAGGAUGCCUUUCUACCUCUUAUUCAUCACGGAGCCCCCAAUGCUACCCCCAAGGGGAGGCAGAGCAGACUGCCCACGGGGACAACGUUGUCUAAGCUUUCGAAAGCUGGGAAGACAUUCUUGGAGGAAGUGGAAGCUAAGGACGACGCACUGCACCCCCUGGCUCUCUACCCACAAAUUAAAGAAGCUCUGCCUGCUGAGCUCUUAUUGAAGGUGCUUGAGGUACUCGACCCAGAGAGGAAGCUUGAGGAUGCAUGGGCUUGUUGCCGGGAUACCAGGGAGUUAAUGAAGGAACCCACAAAGCUUGUAGAAGAACGCUCUUCCCAAGUAUGCCCGCCCAAGAAGAUGCUGAUGUCACGUUCAGGCCAAUGGCUUUGUGAAGAAAAGCCAAGCAAAGUGGAUUCACUCUAUAAAGACAGUCUCCUCCACGAUGACAUACGCAGAGGAGUCAGCAACUUCUGCCACUGGGCUGCGGAUCUCGGAAGCUCGACCAUCGAGGAAGAGUUCAUCCUGCAACAGUUUGACAUUGACUAUCAGACCAGAUGCAGCUGUGAUGAGCUUCACAGGCUGAGGCUAACCCAGGACAAACCCUGCAUCAAUGGACCACCUCCCCAUCGAGAACGCUGUGGGCACGGGAUCAAACCUCGGUCCUCUGGAAGAGCAAAUCCUCAGCAGCCGAAGCGGGUGAGGAUGAGGUACGGAGCCUGGUAUCUGAACACCAAGUUGUGGAAGAGGCAAAGAGCCGACGAACCUCUGGUCGACCCCAGGGUCUCACCCAAAGCUCAGGAUUCGAAUUUUGAAAAACAGCUUCAGGAACAGGAGGAACUGCUUGCAGACCUAUGUGGAACAGCCGCCUUUAAGGACUUCGUUCUAAGCAGGGGCUACAGGAUGCCCAGGUUCCUUGAGAAGAUAUAUGCGGAGGAGGAGAAAAGUAAAUCUGAAAAUAUUAGGACUCCUAAAAAGCUCACGGAAACAGAGAGGAAUCCUGGGAGAAGAUGAGUCAGCUUUUAUUGACAGCAUAUUUGAAUACUGCUCCAUUAUUUUAAUUAUUAAGUAGAAUAUAGCAAGUGCUAUCUGUGGAAACUUCAACCCGGUCUUUCUAAAUGCUUUAGCUUAUCAUUUUAUAUAUAUAUAUAUAUAUAUAUAUAUAUAUAUAUAUAUAUAUGUAUGUAUGUAUGUAUGUAUGUAUGUAUAUAUAUCUGGAGUUACACAGGGUAGUGAGCCACCAUGUGGGUGCUGGGAAUUGAACCUUGGUCCUCUGGAAGAACAGUGAGUUCUCCCAAUGGCUGGCCCAUCUUUCCAGCCUCCACUGACCAAUGUUUUGUUUGCUUGUUCAUUUGGUUUGGGGGUUUGGCCUUCUUCAGUGAAAGUCUUGCUAUGUAGCCCAGGCUGACCUCUAAUUAGUCAUCCCCCUGUGUCAGCCUCUCAGGGGCUAGAGUUGCAGAUCUGUACCAAUGCACCUGGUGCACACAGACACACAAAAUACAUUUUGUGUAUUUACCGACUAUGGAAUCAAUAUUCGUGUGUAGGCCUCUUACACUUUCAAGUAAUGAAAAUUCCAUCAGUGUAUUAAUUCUUCGUAAAAAUAAAAUCAUAGGUAAAGUCACAA